AGUCUCUUCUAUUUCCUUAUACAAUGUCUGCCAUCUACAAAGCAUUGCAGUCCAAGUCCUCCAGGGAAAUGGCCGACAAAGAGAAGACCAAGCAUAUAAAUAGGCAAAGAUUAUUGGUGAUUUCUUCAAGAGGAAUAACCUACAGACAUCGUCAUUUGAUACAAGACUUGUUACAAUUAUUACCACACGCCAGAAAAGAACCAAAAUUCGACUCCAAGAAGAACUUAUACCAGUUAAAUGAAGUAGCAGAGUUGUACAAUUGUAACAACAUCUUCUUUUUUGAGGCCAGAAAGCACCAGGAUUUGUAUUUGUGGGUAUCUAAACCUCCAAAUGGGCCUACGUUAAAGUUCCACGUGCAAAACUUGCACACUUUGGAUGAGUUAAACUUCACCGGUAACUGCUUAAAGGGAUCCAGACCUAUCUUGAGUUUUGACAAAUCUUUCGAGUUGGGAGACCACUUCAAAUUAAUGAAGGAACUUUUUAUCCAUAACUUUGGAGUUCCUCCAAAUUCUAGAAAAUCCAAACCUUUCGUGGACCAUGUGAUAACGUUUUCGAUUGUCGAUAACAAGGUGUGGAUCAGAAACUUUCAGAUCAGUGAAACCUUGGAAACAAAGGAAACGGAUGAAGAUAUUAACGUCGAUGACUUGUCUCUUAUUGAAAUUGGACCUAGAUUAGUUUUGACUUUGAUCACAAUUUUGGAAGGCUCUUUCGGAGGCCCUAAAAUCUAUGAAAAUAAGGAAUACGUCAGCCCUAACUUUGUCAGAGCCCAAAUCAAGCAACAGGCCGCAGAGGACGCUAAGAAAAGAGUUCAAGAUGCGGUUGAUAGAAAGGUCAAAAAGAGAAGUCAAACUCUUGCCAGAGACCCAUUGUCCAAUGAAUCUGUUUUCAAGGAAUAAGUGUUCCCUAAUGUCAUAUAUCUCAUGUAUCUAAACAUAUUUGCUGCAAAAGUCCGCUCAUCUCUCAACCAUUCCAGUCGCGUACAAUCUCAAAAUAUGCAGAGAAUCGCGGAUCAGCCUCGUUUUUCUCUGUUUUUUGUACCUGAAACCGUUGCUCAGUAAAGCCAACAUUCAUUCUUUUAGGCACCGCGUGUACAAGACCACUUGAUUCCAAUUUAAUACCCCUGUACUAUACCCCAUAAGCACAUAUAUCCUUACUUUGGGUUCUCUUUUUGAAAUCCAAUUGCUGAGCUAUUUUUGGGUUUACACAAGCUUUUUUAAAUCAUGUAUAAUAAUCAAAGAGGCCAUGCAGGCUAUGACAAUAUUUACGGCUAUGACUACAACGGUCAACCUUCCCAGAAACAACAGUCUAAUUUUAACCGAAAUCCGUAUUCUCGCCAAGCUCUUCCUCCUGUUCCACAGAAGACUGACGAUUACCAAAGCAUAAGAUCCAGUGGCUUUCUACAACAGAACAACUUCAGAAACCAAUUUAUGUCUAAUACCCAUCCUUCCGACGAUCGACUUUCGUAUAAUCGACUAGGUGCUGAAAUAUCAACACAACAUAAUGCCGGUGUUCAUGAUGAAGAUGACGAUUUCGACUUUGGUGCUAACCCCAGCAAAAAUCCAUUAGUUCUGAAGGAAUCAGAAUAUGGGCAUAACGAAUAUGAAAUGAACAGUAUUCACAGUUCUCCAGUAAACCCCUUUUCAAACCAAAAUGACUACGAUCGCUAUGAGGACAAAAAGUUUCAACACCAACAAUAUCCUUACGAUGAAAGCCCCACCUUGCAUCAAAACCCGUUUGAGAACCCACCUGUUUCAUACAUUCCAGAUAAAGCCCAACCACCUAUUCCCGACUAUGACGAGGAGAAGAAGCUCAAACACAACGAAAGACAACGUCUCAAACAGUUGAGGUCUCGGCCACGAUUCCACUAUACUCGGUUACCAUACUUCGGAAUCUUGGUUACUAUCAUUCAAGUAGUAGUGUUCAUUG